UGAAGAGCUGAUGUCAUCAGGAGGCUGGAGGCGGGGCCAGAGGGGGUAAGUAGAAAUACCCCGGGGCGGUUGGUCCCUCUCAGAGCUCCAGCUGCAGCGCCUCCAUCAUGGCCUCCUUCUCCUCCUCCGCCCGCUCCGCCUCCUCCUACCGCCGCACCUUUGGCCACGGCUCCUACGCCUCGCCGUCCCUCAACCGCUCCUUCCUGGGCCCCGCCGCCGCCGGAGGGGCCCACGUGACCUCCAGGGUGUACGAGGUGACCCGCGGCACCGCGGCGCCGGCCUACCGCCCCCUGGGGUCCGCCGGGUCCCUGGGGGCCGCCCGGCCGUCGGCGGGGCGCUACGGCGGCCUGGGGGAGACGCUGGACUUCAGCCUGGCGGACGCCCUCAACCAGGAGUUUCUCGCCACGCGGACCAACGAGAAGGCGGAGCUGCAGCACCUGAACGACCGCUUCGCCAGCUACAUCGAGAAGGUCCGCUUCCUGGAGACGCAGAACCAGGCGCUGGUUCUGGAGGUCCAGCGGCUCCGGGACCGGGAGACCCCACGCAUCGCCGACCUCUACCAGGACGAGAUGAACGAGCUGCGCCGGCAGGUGGAGGUCCUGACCAAUCACAGGGCCCGGCUGGAGGUGGAGAGGGACAACCUGGCCGACGACCUGGACAAGGUCAAGAUCAGGCUGCAGGAGGAGAUCCUCCAGAAGGAAGAAGCUGAGAACAGCCUGGCUUCGUUCAGAGCUGACGUGGACGCCGCCACUCUGGCCCGUCUGGACCUGGAGAGACGCAUCGAGACGCUGCAGGAGGAGAUCGCCUUCCUCAAGCGGAUCCACGAAGAGGAGAUCCGGGAGCUGCAGAACCAGAUGCAGGAGACGCAGGUCCAGGUCCAGAUGGACAUGUCCAAGCCGGACCUGACGGCGGCGCUGAGGGACAUCCGGGCCCAGUACGAGGGCAUCGCCGCCAAGAACAUCGCCGAGGCUGAAGAGUGGUACAAGUCCAAGGUUUCGGACCUGAACCAGGCCGUCAGUAAGAACAACCAGGCACUGCAGCAGGCCCGCCAGGAGACGCUGGAGUUCAGGCACCAGAUCCAGGCCUACACCUGCGAGAUCGACUCCCUUAAAGGGACGAACGAGUCCCUGCUGAGGCAGAUGCGGGACAUGGAGGAGCGCCACGGGCGCGAGGCGGGCGGCUUCCAGAACACGGUGGCCCGGCUGGAGGCCGAAAUCGCCACCAUGAAGGACGAGAUGGCGCGCCACCUGAGGGAGUACCAGGACCUGCUGAACGUCAAGAUGGCGCUGGACGUGGAGAUCGCCACCUACAGGAAGCUGCUGGAAGGCGAGGAGAGCAGGAUCGCCCUGCCCAUGCAGAGCUUCUCCACACUGAGCUUCAGAGAAACCAACCCAGAACCGCCACAUCGCUCCGCAGAGACCCACUCCAAGAAAACGGUUCUGAUCAAGACCAUCGAGACCCGAGACGGAGAGGUGGUCAGCGAGUCGACGCAGCACCAGCAGGACAUCAUGUGAGGACCUGAGGGAGGACAGACGACUCGCCGCUCCGCAGCGCUCUGACCAACUCAAAUAAUCAAACCAAGCUAAACACAGCAUUAGCAUUAGCAUUAGCCUGCGCUGAGUUCAUCCUGCAGUGAAACGAUUCAUUUUUCUCUGGUGAAUUUCCAUAAGAAAACGAUCUGAGAAACGUGACAGGAACAUCCGCUAAUAAUCCGAAAGUUAUUUACUGAUAUGAGAUUCAAAUAUGUAAUAACAACGAUUUCUAUAGGAAAAGGUUGAAAUGAUUGUUAAAGAAAAUAUUAGCAUUUUAAGAAUAUUAGCCUCAAAUAAUAAUUCAUCCUAGCUACUUUAAUAUUUAAUAUUUCUUUAUUUUAUUUCAUAAACAUCAGUUUAUGGUUCCUGUUAGUUUAAUGAUCAGAUUUCCAUCCAUUAUUAAACGAAAAUGUUGUCGUUAAACUGGCAACUAAACGUGAUUAAUUAUGGAGCAUCAAAAGUGCCACAAUCCGUUCAUUUCUUAAAAUAUAUGUUAAUAUCUGUGAUCUUUUAAUAAGACAAUAAAAAUGGAGAAAUGUCAAUAAAGAAUAUAAACAUUUGA